AUGACUCCCCGUGUUCCCCUCAUCUUCGGUGCAGCAGCUUUUGGAGCACCGAACGCCUUGGCAGCUCGCAUUCACGAUCUGUCUGAUUGCCAGGAAGUUGUUCAUUAUUUUCUCAGUCAGGGACAUCAAGUCUUCGACACCUCUAGAUACUAUGGAAAUGGCACUUCAGAGGAGUAUCUUGCAAAACUGGAUCUCCAAGGCGCCGCAGUAGACACUAAGUCUUUUCCCGAGGCUCCCGGGGACCACUCACCAGAGAAGCUCAGAGCUACCGUGAAGAAAUCUGUUGAAGUGCUCUUCCCGCACAAAAUACGAGUGUUUUUCCUUCAUGCCCCUGACCGAAGCGUUUCGUACGAAGAAACGCUACGCGGCGUGAAUGACCUCUACAAGGAAGGUCUUUUCGAAGAGUUUGGCUUGAGCAACUUCUAUUCUUGGGAGGUGGCAGAGAUCGUGGCUAUUGCUAAAGCCCAUGAAUGGAUCCAACCCACUGUCUACCAAGGCCUGUACAAUGCUCUCGAACGAAAUGUCGAGUCCGAGUUGUUUCCCUGCCUUCGUAAAUAUGGGAUUCGUUUCCACGCGUCCAGCCCACUAGCUCGUGGUCUACUGGCAGGAACAAAUAUCUAUGCUCCUACGCCGGGUAGUCGAUGGGACAGUAGUAGUUCCACAAUGGCAGAGGGAUUGAUAUCCAAGUAUAAGACAUUCCAAGCCGCCUUUCAGGAAUUAGGACUGUCAUUGGCAAGACACAACAUACCUCUUGCUGAGGUAGCAUUACGUUGGAUUCAACAUCACAGUUUCCUCAACCCAGGAGAUGCAGUCAUCAUUGGUGCUAGCAGUCUUCAACAACUCCAAGCAAAUUUAAAAGAUAGUGAGGGGGGACCACUUUCUGAGGAGGUGCUAUCAAUCUUGGAUGAAGCGUGGAUAACUUUUAAAGGCCAUGCUCCUUCAUACUUCGUUCAGUGGCCUCAUAUAAUAGGACAUACCUAG